UUCGGGUUAAUCUUGUGAUCUUCUCAUCAACCCCUUUUGAUUGUUAUAAAUAUUAUUACUAUUCUUUCAAUCUUUUUAAUCCUUAAAUCUGAUUUUGUAUUACCCUUUUGAAGGGAUUGGGUGAUCCUAAAGUUUUUUUUUUCUAAAAAAAUAUUUUUCCGAUGAGAAGAGGUAGAGGUGCCGCUGCGGCCGCAGCAAACGCCGUGGCUACGAAACCGGCACUACAACCCAGCGGAUCUUUUAAAGAGCCGAGAUACAGAGGUGUGAGAAAAAGACCAUGGGGCAGAUUUGCGGCCGAGAUUCGGGACCCUUGGAGGAAGACCAGAGUAUGGUUAGGGACCUUCGACUCGGCCGAGGAUGCUGCUCGGGCUUACGAUGCGGCGGCGAGGUCACUCCGUGGACCCAAAGCAAAAACAAAUUUUCCCUUAAAUUCUUCAAAUCUACCGGCUUUUCCUUUCGAUACGAGUCAUCAUCACAGCAACGAUGGGUUUAUCGACCAGCACCGAUUAUAUCUGAUGGGUAAUUUUCACGAGCACGAAGUGAAUCCGCAGAGACCGACGAGGAGUGGCAUGAGUAGCACGGUGGAGUCGUUUAGUGGACCGAGACCGGCUCAACCUCCGCCUCACAAAUCGACGGAUUUUGCGGUGGUUUCAACUAAGAAAUACCAUCCAAGGACGCCGCCGGUGGUGCCGGAGGAUUGUCAAAGUGACUGUGAUUCAUCGUCAUCGGUUGUCGACGACGGAGAUAUCGCCUCUUCUUCGUGCAGGAAAACUUUGCCUUUCGAUCUUAAUUUUACGCCGUUGGAUGAAGACGAUGAUCCCCAGUGUACCGCUCUCUGUCUCUGAACACGGUGGCAGUGAUGAAUCGACGACGGCAACGAUGGUCGAUUAUUGAAUCUUCUCUUUUUUUAAAAUUUAGCUCUUUUUUAAGCGAAGAAAAAAAAGGAAAAAACAUGAGACAUGGUUAAGAUGAAA